CACUUCCAACAGCUGAGCCUUGGUGAGUUCAACUUUCAUCCGACGAGUCACUUGAGGUGAAACAAUCUGAUCCACAGAUAGAGCAGGCGCUGAGUGACUCGCCUGUUUAUGUGACUGACCUCCAUAUGUUGCUCUCCAAUAAUGUGAACCUGACUGAGGAGCAGUGUUGUCCUACAUUCCCUGUUCAGGGCGGUGACUUUGGCGUCAAGACUCACACAAUCUCUGGCUAUGGCCCUAUCGCAGCAGCAACAGCAACAAAAACAGACCCCAUACAAUCACACAUCUUUACACAGCUGAACAACAACAGGCCUUCUGGUCAGUUGGGCCCCCACAUCCAAGGACAAUGCCUUGGUAAAGGUGUCAAGCUCUUGGGUCAGGAAUUUUGGGUAAAGCUCCUACCCCCAGGGUACAGCCAGUCUAUCCAUGGAACUCCAAACUUCCCUGCUCAGGGGCCAAGACUACCUCAUCUACAAGGGACCUUAUCCUCACAAGUUCAGUCCCAGAGAAAAAUGUUACCCAAUUGCAACACAGGCAAUACAUCUCAACAGAAUGUUCAUCUUGACAAUAUCUAAGCAAAGUUUAAAAUUGAAUUCCGAUCUUGCACCAGGUCGAGUCUUCUACCAAAGCUUAACGUUU